AUGGGUAAACUUGAAGAUGAUCUCACUGAACUCAAGCGUUGCUAUAAAAAAGGGUUAAUAUCUAAGCGGGAUUAUGAAGAAGCUCGUAGAAAAAGACUUGGCCUCAAUCCAGUAGAUAAAUCAUGGUGGGAAAGACUGCGCGGUGGUGCAAUGUCUCUUGGCCGUACGGCUUUAGUAACCCUGAUUAAUUCCAUCCUUGGUCUUGGUGUUUUUGCCGGAAAAUUAAUCACAUUUUAG